CUCACGCGAUCGAGCUUCAGUUGUGGUGAGGCGCUGGUGAGGUAGAGUUCUGUGACCUUUAUCGAGGGAAUUUCGUAUAGAAAAGGCACAUUUUCGUCCACAAUGAAGCAGCUGUCGUUAUUGGUGUUGUGUAGUGUCGCCGGCGUUUGUCUGGGUGCUGGAGGUGCAGUGUCUGGGAGUUCAGGUUCAGGAGUAGGUUCAGUGACAGAGACAGAAGGAACUCGCCUACUACUUGAGGGUUCUCCCCUCUCUCUAACCUGCUCCCAGAACCUCACAAAUACAGACACUGUUUGGUCCAAAGAUGGGAAGCAAGUCGUUGAGGAUGAAAACACAAAGGUUUUCAAAAACACCACCCUCUACAUUGUUUCUGCUAAAGUUGAUGACAUUGGAGAGUACACCUGUGAACACGAAGGCCAAGAUGAGCCUAAAGUCUUCAAUGUUGUUCAACUGAAGCUCCAUAAGAACCUCCCAGAGUCCACCACAGUUUUGGAGAAUGACAAGUUGGCUCUUUCCUGUCAGGUUGAAGGCAACCCACCCCCCACUGUCCAGUGGCUGAAGAAUGGUGAACUCAUGGAAGACUCCAUCAACUCCACCAGACUUAUUUUCUCUGAGAAUGAGCACAACGUCCCUAAUGCCAGUCUGCUGAUCAAACCCAUCCUCAAGUCAGAUGUUGGAAACUACAUUUGCUUGGUUAAGCAGUAUUCUCUUCAGUUGAACACCACCACAGAAGUUCGUGUGAAAGACAUCUAUGCUGCCCUGUGGCCAUUCCUUGCCAUCGUUGCUGAGGUGAUUAUCCUGUGUGUCAUUAUUUUCAUCUACGAGAAACGUCGCAUCAAGGCCAACUUCGAUGAUUCUGACUCAGACCCAGCCCCAGACCAGAAAAGUGUUGCUGACCACAACAAAGAUGCUGAAGUUCGCCAGAGGAAGUAGGCUGUGAUGUGGUGAUAUUCUUAUCACUGGAGGAAGAAAAUGAGUUUGUGAUAUUUUUAGUAGUUGAAGGUGCCAUAAAAAAGUGGGGGGGAAACUUCUUAAAUAGAAAUUGACAGAUUUUAUGAUUUUAAGUUCUCUGUUUUAUACCUUUUCCAUUAUUGGAUUGGAUGUCUAAGAAACUAGAAACAUUUAGGCAAUCCUCUUUGCCUUUGUAAUAUUGAAAUAUUUUUGUAGAAAAAUAUAUAUAAAUUUUGCAUUUUUC